UCAAUCCCCUGCAACUAACUGCAAGUCCAUUCAAGGAAGUUUCCGACAAUUCUUGAUCUACACGCCCAUGGCUUCCAACGGUUCUUCUCUGGUAGUUGCUGCGGAUACAGAGAAUAGCUUGGAUAGGAUCAAGCGGCAGCUAUCUUCUGGUUCUGGUAGAAAAUUGUUACAAGGACCACUUCUCAAGCGAUCUGAAACACUAAGAAAGUGGAACGAGCGAUGGGUAAUCUUGGAUCCAACAACAGGGCGAAUGGAAUACAAGACUAGAAGAAAUGAACCAGCUGUUAAGGGAACGAUUAUAUUUGAUGCAAAUAGCACGAUUACUAUAUCUCCUGUGAACUUCAAUGGACUACCAAAAUACGAUGGAUGCUGCUUUUAUAUUGGGACACCUCAGAAAAAGGAUUACUUCCUCUGUGCAGAGACUCCUGGUGCAGCUAGGGCUUGGGUGUCAACUUUACAUGCAACUCAGUUGGUUCUAAAAGCUCACAAGGAGGCUGUAAAUUCCUUAAGUGGCAAUGGUUCUACAAAAUUAGGAACUGUUGCAACGGUUGUUGCUGCAGCCAAUUCAACUGCUUUGGAAUGUUCUAAAGAAAUUGAAGCAGCAAUGCAAAUUUCUUUGCGAAAUGCUCUGGGAGUGAUGACAAACAAGACUACUGAUGGUCCAAUGGAUGAUUUAACAAUCAUGAAGGAAACACUACGAGUUAAGGACGAGGAGCUACAGAAUUUAGCUCGAGAUCUCCGUACCCGUGAUUCAACUAUAAAAGAAAUAGCAGAGAAACUAUCUGAGACUGCUGAAGCUGCAGAGGCAGCUGCAUCUGCAGCUUAUUCUAUGGAUGAGCAAUGGAGAAUUGCCUGUGCAGAAAUUGAGCGUUUGAGGAAAGAGACAGAGAAGCAGUUCGAGCUGUCUGCACAAAAGCUAAAAGAGUAUGAAGAAAAGACUACAAGUUUGAGCAAAGAAAAAGAGCAGUUAAUGAAGCAGAGAGAUGCUGCUACUCAAGAGGCAAAUAUGUGGCGUUCUGAGCUGGCAAGAGCUAGAGAGCAUGAUGUGAUCUUAGAAGCAACUGUUGUAAGGGCAGAAGAAAAGGUUAGGGUUGCAGAGGCAAAUGCUGAAGCCAGGAUAAAGGAUUCUGCUCAAAGAGAAUCAACAGCAGUAAGCGAGAAGCAGGAGCUUCUUGCAUAUGUGAACAUACUUAAAGCACAACUUCAAAGAGAACACAUUGAUUCAACUCAAGUUGUUGAGAAGACCGAGUCUUGCUCAGAUACAAAGCAUGUGGAUUUGACAGAAGAGAAUGUGGAUAAAGCAUGCCUAAGUGUUUCUAGAACUGUUCCUGUCCCUGCAGAGAGCGUAGUCCACGUAUCAACAAAUCAGGUGAAUAUUCAGCCUGUUGGAGACAAUGAGUGGAGUGAUAUUCAGGCAACAGAGGCAAGGGUAGCUGAUGUAAGGGAAGUGGCACCUGGAUCUGAAGGAAACAGCUUGGACAUUCCUGUGGUUAGCCAACUCGGUAACAAUCACCAUGAACAAGGACCAAACUCUUUUCAUCAAUCCUGAUAUAAUUAAUCCACAGACAUAUAGCAUAUAGAAUACUUUUUACUUGAAGGGAAUUUAAUCAUACCAUUUUGUUGGAUGACCAUGUAAACCACAUUCGUUUCAGUUUUUAAGUUCGUGAAUCAGGUUGUAUUGUACACUUCCCAGAAAUCUAGAGGUGUCAAAAUGAGUUAAAGCCCACGGGUCAGCCCGCAAAGCAUUAUAUU